UGGGAAGUUUCCAGCAAUGUUCUUCAACACCCAUCUGCCUGUUGCUCGGAGUGAUAAAUACAUGAAUGCUCGUGAGGUGAUAGAGUUCCUUAUGCUGAAGCCUGGUGAAUACCUGAUUGUGCCAUCCACCUUCAAAUCCAACGAGACAGCCUCCUUCAUCCUCACCAUCCACUCAAGAGAAGAGACGUGUUGCUAUGAGAAUUCAAAUUCAAAUGAGCAAAGAUAUGAGCCAGUUGAAAAGGUCACAAAAGUAAAAAACCAUCAGGAUGAAGAAAACAAGAAAACAUUCUUCCGUCAAUACUCUGACAAGUAUGAAGAAGUGGAUGCUGAGCAGCUCCAGAGGCUUCUAAAUGAAAACAUCCUGAAAGGAAUGAAGGUUUCAGAUGACAUGCUCAGUCUGAUGGCUCUGCGCUAUGGCGCCUCCUCUGGACACACGGCACUGGAGUGCUUCAUCAAUCUCAUGAUUCGCUUGGACUGCAUGAAGAGUAAGUGA